AUGGCCAAACCACUGUCAGACGAAGAAGUUGCUAUUCUCAAAGAAGCGUUCGAUGCAUAUGACACGGAUAAAGGAGGCAAUAUUACCGUAGAGGAAUUUGGCCGUGUGAUGAAACAGUCUGGACAAAAUCCAAGCGAAGAAGAACUUGCACAGAUCAUUAAGGAAGUUGACCUCGAUGGUGAUGGUACUAUAAAUUUCGAUGAAUUCAUUGCUAUGAUGACAGGCCGAACGAGGCAAAAGCCGGAUGAUCCAAAGCCUAGUGAAGACGAUCUGAAAGCAGAUUCGGCUCCGAUUCCUGUUUCCAGUGAGGAAGAUCCAGAGGAAGAGUGGAAAUCUGCGUGGAAGGAACAUGAUCACACUUUGAAAGGGUCAAUCACUGCAGCGCAACUGAGACAAGUUUUGGGAAAUCUGGGAGAAACAAUCAGUGAUGCAGAGAUUGACAACGUUAUAAUGAAGUCAGUAGAUGCGGAGGAUAAAAUUAGUCAUGCGGAAUUUGUCGAGUUUAUGAAGGGGAGAUCUACCUCGGGAAUAUGA